GCGGCCGUUUAAAAGAAUGGUAACGCCGACUCUGUGAAGCAUUUUUCAGCACACCUUCCAAAAAAAAAAAAUAUCUAAGAACCAAAAAAAAAAAGAGAAGAAUCUCAGAGUAAUAUGAGCUUCUCCUACAAUCCCAGGAACAAGCAAAUCCUCCGAUCACGGUGCUAGAUUUUCAACGGAGAGGAAACUUGCAAUGGAAAGCACCGAUUCUUCCGGUGGUCCUCCGCCACCUCAGCCUAACCUUCCUCCAGGAUUCCGGUUUCACCCAACCGACGAAGAGCUCGUCGUUCACUACCUUAAACGCAAAGCCGCCUCCGCUCCUUUACCCGUCGCCAUCAUCGCCGAAGUUGAUCUCUACAAAUUCGAUCCAUGGGAACUUCCCGCUAAGGCUUCGUUUGGAGAGCAGGAAUGGUACUUCUUCAGUCCAAGAGAUCGGAAGUAUCCGAACGGAGCGAGGCCGAACAGAGCGGCGACGUCGGGAUACUGGAAAGCGACGGGAACUGAUAAGCCGGUGCUUGCCUCCGAGGGGAACCAGAAGGUCGGCGUGAAGAAGGCUCUCGUCUUCUACAGUGGCAAACCUCCAAAAGGAGUGAAAAGCGAUUGGAUCAUGCAUGAGUAUCGUCUCAUCGACAACAAACCAAAUAACAGACCACCUGGAUGUGAUUUCGGCAACAAGAAAAACUCCCUUCGGCUUGAUGAUUGGGUGCUAUGUCGAAUCUACAAGAAGAACAACGCAGGUCGACAUGUGGAUAACGACAAGGAUCACGAUAUGAUCGAUUACAUCUUCAGAAAAAUUCCUCCGUCUAUAUCAAUGGCGGCUGCUUCCGGACUCCACCACAAUGUCUCCCGAUCAAUGAAUUUCUUCCCGGGGAAAUUCUCCGGUGGUUACGGGAUUUUCUCCGACGGCGAUCCAGGUUUGUACGACGGCGGCAUGAUCAACACCAUCGGUACCGACUCAUUGAAUCACAGUAAUGAUGCCGGCUCCAACGGCAAUACUGACGCCGUGGGUUUGAAUCCCGCUUCUUCCUCUGGACCAAUGAUGAUGGCGAAUCUGAAACGAGCUCUUCCGGUGCCGUUUUGGCCUGUAGCGGAGGAAGAGCACGAUGUGUCACCGAGCAAACGUUUUCAUGGCGGAGGAGGAGGAGGAGGAGACUGUUCGAACAUGUCAUCUUCGAUGAUGGAGGAGACUCCGACAUUGAUGCAACAGCAAGGUGGUGUGUUAGGAGACGGGUUAUUCAGGACGACGUCGUACCAAUUACCUGGAUUGAACUGGUACUCUUCUUAAGUCGAUCUGUGUUUCGCUCGCCGCCGGUGUGAAAAAUUUUCCGGUGAGAGUGAAAAAAAUUCAGAGCAGCGAAUAUUCCGAUUGGUGGGGUCGUUUGCAUUAUAUAAAAUUUGAGAUUUGUGUAUAUGUUUUGGGGUUAAUUAAUUUGGUCAUUGGAGAUUUGGUCAUAGGGGUUAGAGGAAUGAGGCUUAGAGAGACGGAGAAGCGCGAGGCAACAUAUAGAAACAUAGGAUUAUUACAAAAUAUACUGUUUUCUUAAUUUACAUUAUGAAAUGUAUAAACCAUAUACUUAGAUGUUUAUAUAUAGAUUGUAUAGAUGCAUAUAGUCCUCUCAAUGGUAUUUGAGUUUGUAUUUUCGUGUAAAGGAAAUGAUUAAGAAAAUGAAAAAAAAAAACUAGUUGUGUAACUGUGUAUGUUCUUCACAUUUAUCAGUGUUAGUUUUGAUAGUUUAUGGACUCGAUAAAUUUAAUUGAUG